CCCAUAUACUCAUUCAUAAUAAAUGUAUGAAACGAUAACAAGACAGCAGAGCGGCAUAAACUUGCCUUGAAGAUGGGGGACAAACUCUCAGGGCUUGAACUGACAAGAUUCCACUAAAAUGAUAGCUUGAGCAUGCAACUAUGUGAAGAUCCCUUAUCAAACCAUACCAUUGUUAAUUAGUCCUUGCUGCCAAUUAGUGGAACAUGACAGAGUGAACAUGAGACGACUUUUGUGUUGGCAUCUCUAUGCUUCUGCCAGAUCUCUAGGCUGAUGUAAUGGCAUGAUUCUUCAUGUCUACUAAUCAGAUGCUGCAACACAGUUGUACACACACCUUCUGUAUAAAUAGGCGUCAGCAGAAUGGUAGAUGCAUCAAACUAGAAGCUCUUCUUUCUUUCUCCUCUCUUCGACCACAAUACAGAGCAAAUCUUCAAGCUCAGACAUGGCUUUCCACCAAAGAUCGACAAGUUUGCCUUCUAGGCCUCACGUCAGUGAGACCGAAGUUGAGCUAGAGCUUCAGAGCCUAGAAGCAAGCAUCUCUUCCUCUAAUUCCAUCAGCACGAUGUGCGAUGGUCUCAGGACUCUUGCAAACAUCUACGAUGGUCUUGAAGAAAUCAUCUGCCUACCAAGCAACCAAGUUUGCUCCUCCCAGCAGAGGAGCAUGUUGGAUGGAGAAAUGGACGGUUCUCUUGAGCUGCUAGAUCUCUGCAGCGCCAUGCAAGAGAUCUUCGUUGAGAUGAAGGCAAUCAUCCAAGAGCUGCAAGUGGCUCUAAGGAAAGGUGAUGACGCAACUACUCAAGCCAAGAUCCAGUCCUACACCCGCUUGGUGAAGAAGUCCAAGAAUCUUUUCAAGAAGACCGCGAAGAAGGCUUCUGCAGAUUGUAGCAUGGUCAUGCUGUUGGCCAAGGCUAGAGAGAUCUCUGUGUCUCUGCUGGAGUCCACACUCCAUCUCUUGUCGAAGCAAAUCGAAAUGCCUAAACAGUCUCUUGUUUCCAAGGCAUUUCACAAGAAGAAGGCAGCUGUUUGCAAGGAGGAGCAAUUGUUGGGGCUAGAGUGCAGUAUCGGAGAUCUCGAGAGUGGGGCAGGACAUCUGUUCAGAAAAUUAGUCCAGAGCAGAGUUUCCCUACUCAACAUCCUUAGCUCAUAGAUACUCCCAAGUCACUCUUGGCGCCCUCCGAUUGGCAUCCGCCUUUUUAAGGAAUAGCUGAUCUUCAUACAAUUUUGCCAUAUGUAUACACUAUACUGUACAAAUGUACAUGAUACUACAAAAAGAGAAAGAAAAG